AACCACAGCCACCCAUCCAGAUUACACAAGCAAAAGUUUUACAUGGCUGCAAUUUUCUCUCCUUCAGCACUCCUCUCUUCAUCCUCCUCUACCACUUCACCACCUCCAAAACCACCAGUUCCACCGCCGCCAACCAAACCCCAUCUCAAUAUCCUCCCUACAAAAGCGCAAUUAACUAAAUUAACCACCACACUAGCUGCCACUGCCUUGGCCACAACAAUUCUAACCAUCCCACCACCUUCCCUUGCAGACUCUCCUUAUUACUUAUACUAUGGAACGGCUGCCAGUGCAGCCAACUACGGCGGAUACGGAGGCAACUCCGAUAAGAAGGCAUCCGCAGAGUACAUCUAUGACGUGCCAGACGGAUGGAAAGAACGAGCAGUAACGAAGAUACAGAAAGGAACUAAUGGCACUGAUAGUGAGUUUUACAAUCCAAAGAAGAAGACAGAAAAGGAAUAUCUAACUUUUCUUGAAGGUUUUAGGCAACUUGCACCAAAAGAUACUGUGCUAAACAACUUGGCAUUAUCAGAUGUGGAUUUGCAAGAUCUGAUUGCAAGUGCAGAAAAUGUUAAAUCAGAAGAGAGAAAGGACGAAAAAGGGCAAGUUUACUAUGUGUAUGAGAUUGAUGGGCUUGGUGCACAUAGCUUGAUAUCAGUUACUUGUGCCAAGAAUAAGCUUUAUGCUCAUUUCGUUAAUGCUCCAACACCAGAGUGGAAUAGGGAUCAAGAAACUUUGAGGCACAUUCAUGAGUCCUUCAAAACUGUAGGGUGAAAUUGGUUUGCUGUAUUUGUAUGAUAUUGGUGUUGCACUGGAGGGGGAGACAGAACAGAACAUAGGUAUGGUAUUCUGGGAUGUGUUUUUGGGUUUAUGAUAAUGUUGAAAUGAAAUGGACAUAAUUGAGAUGAAUGUAUAUGCUCAUAUUAUACUGUAUAAAGAUUGAUGUGGGCUUAAGACAAUUCUGUAAUUUCUAACUCUGAGGGAUGAAUAAAAUUUCAAUGUUGUUAUUGUCAAAACAAAGAUUUCAAUUU